UGUACAAUGGCAUUUAUAACGGCUUAUUGGAGUCUGGACGGUAUAAUAGUUCUGAUGACUUUCAUUUUAACUGUCUACUUUUACAUGACAUAUAAAUUCAAUUACUGGAAAAAGCGAGGCGUUUUGCAUGCGCUACCAAUAUCAAUUUUCGGCAAUUUUACGGAUUGCCUAUUACUAAAGAGAUCCCCUGGCUAUCUUCUGAAAGAUAUUUAUGAUCAAGGAAAAGGAAUGCCUUAUGUCGGUUUUUAUAUAUUAGAUAAACCAUUCUUGAUGAUUCGCGAUAGGAAUCUCAUUAAAAAUGUUUUAAUAAAAGAUUUCAAUUACUUCAACGAUCGAUACUGCACACCUGACAUAACUGAUUCUCUGGCUUAUACCAAUCUCUUCUUUAUCAAAAAUCCAACCUGGAAACUUUUAAGAACGAAGUUGACACCAAACUUCACAUCCAGAAAAUUGAAACAGACAUUCGAGCUGAUGUUAAAAUGCAGUGACAACCUAGAUACGUAUCUCGAAUCGUUAAGCUUGGAAGAUAAAGACGUUGAACUAGAAAUGAAAGACUUAUCCUCCAAAUUCUUUAUGAACAUAAUUGCUACUACUGCGUUUGGACUUAAUGUGGAUUCGUUGAAUAAUCCAGAUAACGAAUUUCGAAAAUAUGGCAAACAAAUUUUUGAGAUUGGCAUUUUACACGGUUACGACUUUCUCAUGGUGUUAUUUAUACCAAGUUUAGUUCAUUUCAUGAGCGCAAAAGUAUACAAUAAGAAAGUCACUGACUUCUUACGUAAUUUAUUUUGGCAAACUAUCACCGAGCGCAUAAAGUCUGGUGAAAAGAGAAAUGAUUUCAUUGAUAUUUUUAUUGAAUUGAAAACAUCUUACGGAGAUCAGAAUAGUGAAACAGGAUUUAAGUUUGAUGGAGAUCAUCUAUUAGCACAGGCAGCUUCUUUCUUCGCAGCUAGUUUUGAAACCUCUUCAACAACAGUGUCUUUUACUUUAUACGAACUCGCGAAGCAUCCAGAAAUACAAGAUAGGCUUCGAAAAGAAAUUCUUGAUGCGCUCGACCAAACUGACGGCAAAAUUACGUAUGACAUGGUCUUGUCGCUAUCGUAUCUCGACAUGGUAGUAUCCGAAGUUUUGAGGAUGUAUCCGGCGUUACCGUUUUUAGAUCGUGUAACGACGGAAACUUACAAGAUACCAGAUUCUGAUUUAGUUCUCGAGAAGAAUACACCAAUUUCUAUCUCGUUACUUGGUGUGCACUAUGAUCCAGAAUACUUUCCUAAUCCAGAUGAAUUCGAUCCAGAACGAUUCACCGAGGAGAACAAACGUAAUAGAUCAUCGUAUGUCUAUCUUCCAUUUGGAGAUGGACCACAUACAUGUAUAGGUAUCCGUAUGGGACUUUUACAAGUAAAAUUGGGAAUUAUAACAAUUUUGAGGAAAUAUGAGGUGAUACCAUCCGAAAAAACUCUAAUACCAAUGGUUAUUGAACCAACAAGUUCUAUGACAGCGCCAUUGGGUGGUACUAUAUAUCUCAACGUUCACAAAAUUAACAAUAAUGGUAAUUAAAAAUUAGUGUAGUAUAAUAAUUUAACAUAUUUGAACUACGAGACACACAUUUGCUCGAUA